AUGGCGGCUUUACAAAGAAUUGUGGAGCUCAACCAGUGUUGCCGUAGAAGGCGUAGAAGUGAGGUAGUGUAUGUGAAUGCCUACAUUCGCACCACAUUCAGCCCCCUGGAUGUUCUUUCAGAUGGAGCAAUCCUCAGGAAGUAUCGUCUGAGUAGGGGUCAAAUUGAAGAGUUGGGGACCUUCACCCAGCGACACCUCGAGAGGGCCACCAGGCGCAACUUCGCUUUGUCCCCGAGGGUCCAACUCCUGGCAGCACUGCGUUUUCACGCUACGGGGAGUUUUUUGGAGGUGUUGGGGGAUGGCCUUGGGCUGAGCAAGGCAUCCGUCAGUAGGGCUGUGACCGCGGUCACCCAGGUCCUCCUGCAACUCCCUGACAGGAUGACCUUUCCAUCUGCGCCAGAGGACAUCACCCAUGUCAGCGGUGGAUUUCAUGCCAUUGCUGGCAUACCACGGGUGAUCGGUGCCAUCGAUGGGACCCUCGUGCGUAUCAGGGGCCCAAGUCACAAGGAGCCGGCCUACAUCUGCCGCAAGGGCUAUCCAGCCCUCAACAUCCAGGUGGUGUGUGACCAUCGUGGAGUGUUCCUGGACAUCGUGGCAAAGUGGCCAGGGAGCACCCACGAUUCCUUCGUGUGGACCAACUCCGCACUCUGCCAGGUGGCAGAAGGUGGUGGCUUUGGGGGCUGCUGGCUCCUUGGAGACAGUGGCUACCCUCUGCGCCCCUUCUUGAUGACCCCCAUCCAGGAGGCCAACAGCGAGGCAGAGGAGCAGUACACCAACGCUCACAGCCGGACCCGCGUUGUUGUGGAGAGGGCCCUGGGGAUGUGGAAGCAGCGCUUCAGGUGUGUCAGCAACUCCGCUGGUGGCCUGAAGCUCCAUCCAACGAAGGCGUGUGGUGUAGUUGUGGUGACAGCGCUUCUGCACAACAUGGCCCUGCAGGAUGGUGUCCCACUCCCCGGUGAUGAGGAGAUGCUGGUGGAGGAGGUGGAAGAGGUCGUUCCAGCGGCUGGUGGGAAUCUUCCUGAUGGCCUGGAAGCACGCCGGCAGUUAAUCAAUCACAUGUUUGGCCCCUAA